AACAACGCAUGCUGUCGAUGCAUUGCAAUAUUACGAAGAUAAACAAUUUGUAACGAUUGUCAUUGGGACACGUAUUUAAGAAGCAAUAAAAGAUGAAUUCGUUCGAUUCGAACGGGCCAAGCGCAGAGAAAAUACUUCUACUUCUCGAGGAACUCUGUGAUCUUUCAUAUCCGCAGGUCCAGCAAAAGUUAAAUAAAUAUAUACAAACUGAAACAAACAUGAAAGUAUCUUUUCUGAUGCCCAUUUUAAUAAAAUCAGAGGAGAUGGUAAUUCAUGUGAUAGGAGAACAAAUUUUAGAGAGAGAACUAAGAUUUUCUGUAGUAAAUAAUAUUUUAUAUAAGACUGUACAAUCUAAGGAACCAACAGUCAUUGAUGUCACAAUGCUUGACGAAGAACUGUUACGUCACCUUCAACCAAUAUGUCCAGUAACAAAUUCAUUCUUAAUGAUUCCCAUACAGCAUCCUAAGCAAAAUCAUGUAGCUUUGAUAGUUUCUUUAGUUGAUGAAAACAAAAACGAAGCUACUCGUAAAUGUACGGAAAUUGUUCAAAAAUGUUUUCGAUUCUGUCUAGGAUUUCUUCUAAAUUCGUUCGCGUGUUAUGAAGAAAGUCGGUUGAAACAUCAGUGUCAGAAAUUGCUUGCUGUUUCCAGAAAACUCUUUACGCAUUUGGGGGACUUUUCUGAUCUUCUGCGGGAAAUAAUGGCAGAAGUAAGAAAUCUAACGAACGCCGAGCGAUGCUCGCUGUUUCUUUUGGAUCCCGAUCAACAAGAUUUAGUUGCUAAAGUGUUCGAUGGUAUUGCCAUGAAAGAAUCUGUGAAAGAGAUGAGAAUACCGAUAGGGCAGGGUAUAGCAGGUCACGUCGCAACUACUGGUAAAUUACUUAAUAUUAGAAAUGCAUACGAACAUCCUCUUUUCUAUCGUGGAAUAGACGAGGUUACAGGCUUUAGAACUAGAAAUAUUUUAUGCUUUCCGAUCAGGGAUGAAAAUAAGAUUGUUGGGGUUGCACAGCUCUGUAACAAAAAGGAUGGAUUAUACUUUGAUGUUUUUGAUGAAGAAGUUGCGACAGCAUUUAGCAUUUACUGUGGAAUUUCUAUAAUGCACAGUAUUGUUUACAAGAAGAUGCAGGAUGCUCAAGCAAGGAAUAAACUUAGUAACGAAGUAAUGAUGUAUCAUAUGAAGGUAGAAGAAGAUGUUGUUCAAGCACUAUUGAAUUGUAAAGAUGAACAUAAUAUAAAAGAUUUCAAUAAAUUUCAAUUUACACCCAGAAGUGUACCUUACAAACAUAUGCCCUGUUAUACAAUCAAAAUGUUCAAUGACUUAGGUCUUAUUAAACACUGGAAGCUAAAGUUGUCGACCUUAGCCAGGUUUAUACUAUAUGUGAAGAGGGGAUAUAGAGAUGCACCUUAUCACAAUUGGAUACACGCCUUCUCUGUAGCACAUUUUGCGUAUCUACUGAUGAAAAAUUUGCAGCUUAUCACGGACAAUUAUAUGACUCACUUGCAAGCUUUAGUUUUUUUGGUGUCUUGUUUGUGUCACGAUGUAGAUCAUAGAGGGACUAAUAAUUCCUUUCAAACAAAAUGUAGCACAGUCCUGGCUAGUCUUUAUAGUUCAGAAGGCUCUGUAAUGGAGAGACAUCAUUUGGCACAGACUAUGUGCAUUUUAAACACAGAAGGUUGCAAUAUAUUUGAAAAUUUCAAUAGCAAAGAAUACAGCGAAGCAUUGGAUUUGUUAAGACAUAACAUACUUGCAACUGAUUUAGCGGCUCAUUUUCGUGCUGUCGAAAAACAGAAAGAGAUGAUAAACAAUAAUUAUGACAAAUUUGAUCCUAAACAACAGAAACUGUUAUUUGAGAUGCUUAUGACGUGUUGUGAUCUUAGCGAUCAGACUAAAGAUUGGAAGGUUUCGAAGAAAACUGCAGAACAAAUUUACGAUGAGUUUUUCUCACAAGGAGAUUUAGAAAAGAGUAUGGGCAGUUCUCCUAUUGAAAUGAUGGAUAGGGAGCGCGCUUCUAUUCCAGACCUUCAAGUUCAAUUUAUCACAAAUAUAGUUCUUCCACUUUUUACCGAUCUUUCUACAUUGUUCCCUAUGGUACAACCACUUGUUUACGUGCUGAAAGAGAAUCGAGAUUUAUGGGAGGCAUCUAAAGUUAUAUUUCAAAAACAUACCCGAACAGGAAUGAAAGGUAUUAAUAUUUUGUUGGAUUCAACGUUUGAAGAAGAAGUAUUACAAAUCUAUGCUCAAAGUAAUAAUAAAUUGUCAAGGGAGCCUGUAACCAAAUAG